AUGGCGAUUAGGAAGAAGACUUCGACGACGCGCCUGCCUCAAAGCAUUCUUCAAGAGCUCGGGGAAUCUUCUGGGAAUAGCAAUAGCAGGUCUUCGGUCGCGGGUGGACGAUCUCGAUCUCAUGUGCCUCGAAAGGAUGCACGUAAGCAAGAGCGUGAAGCUAGGAAACAGAAGAAGGCUGCUUAUUUUUCUGUCAAUAACAAGAAACGAUUAGCUGAGGAGGAACACCAUGAAUCACCCCAACGCAAGAAACCUCGCCAGGCAUCCUCGGCGGAGCCUCGAGUAGCGGCCUUCUCAAGCGAAACUCCAUCUACCAAGGGGAAUGAGUCUCUUGUAGCACACAAACCUGCCGCUCCGGUCAUCAAGACCAAAAAACUCACCAAGUCCAAGGUCAUACAUGUUGCAGAACGGAGUUCUCACCCAGCGGCAACGAGUCGGGUCGACGACGGGGAAGACGCGUAUAUUUCCUAUCUGGAAUCGCAGUUGGGGUAUUCAAAAAGCGGGAAAAAGAAAAAGAUUGCGGAUGACGAUGGUCUAGAUGACUUAUUGAAUUGGGCUGACGGGUUUACUGCGUCAAUGUCCAAGGCAAAACCAGAUGAUGCUGAAGGAGACGCACCCGAUGUGUCGAGCGAAUCUAAUGACAGUGACUCUACCGAAGACGGUGACUAUCCUGACGAGGAAUGGAAUGGUAUUGAAGACUCAGAAGGGGAUGAGGAGCCACCAGCGGGACUGGUUGCGGAGAUUGAGAUCAAUCCGAAACCAGCUACAGCGUAUGUACCCCCCCAUUUAAGGAAAGGGAACGACGAAGGUUCAGAGGCUAUGAUCAAGCUUACGAGACAGCUCAAAGGUCUUCUUAAUCGAAUGUCAGAACAAAAUAUUGGAGCCAUUGUUGAGAGUCUUGAAGGAGUUUUCAGAAGCCAAAGGAGGAAUGACGUCACUUCGACUUUGACCACUUUGAUUAUCGAUGGAAUUUCGUCCCAUUCAUCCCAUCUCGACUCUUACGUCGUUCUCUACACUGCUCUCGUGUCCAGUUUGCAUAAACUGAUCGGAGUCGAGUUUGCUGCCCACUUUGUGCAAACUGCAGUGACUUCCUACGAGCGGCACUAUGCUGCACUACCGAAGAGCACAGAAUCCACAAUCUCAGAACAAGAGGUCGACACGCAAGGAAAAGAAUGUUCGAACUUAAUCGUCUUGAUUUCCGAGCUCUACAACCUACAGGUGGUCUCCUGCGUGCUUGUUUUCGAUAUCAUCAAGUCUUUGCUGAACGAUACCUUGUCGGAGUUUAACAUCGAGCUUCUGCUAAAGGUCGUUCGGAAUUCCGGGCAACAACUUAGACAGGAUGAUCCAUCUGCCUUGAAGGACAUCAUUCAAAUUGUGCAAAACAAGGUCUCUGGAACGAGUGAUGGUCUUAGCUCUCGCACUCGGUUCAUGAUCGAGACGUUAACAAACCUGAAGAACAACAAAUUGAAGAGGAAUUUAACGCAGAACCAAGGUGGCGCAGCCGUGGAUCGGAUGAAGAAGUUUCUCUCCGGUCUUGGAAAGAACCGACAAGUGCUUGCACACGAGCCUUUGAGGGUUACCCUCGAGGACCUCCACUGCGCGGAAAGCAAGGGAAAAUGGUGGCUUGUUGGCGCUGCAUGGGGCGGUGACCCCUUGGUAGACAGGCAAAUGAACGCAGCCGGAGCUCCUGGGACCGCAAGAAAGGAGGAAAAUCAGGAAAGCGAGCUGCUCAAACUUGCUCGCUCGCAAGGGAUGAACUCCGACAUCCGGAGGAGUAUCUUUGUUGUCCUUAUGAGCAGCGACGAUUACGUCGACGCUUGCGAGAGACUGAGUCAACUGAAUCUGACCGAUGUCCAACAACGAGAGAUCGUUCGUGUAGUUCUUCACUGCUGUGGACAGGAGAAAUCAUACAACCCUUACUACAGCCUCGUUUGCCAACAAUUGUGUCGUUCGUCGCACUCUUACAAGAUCACGAUACAGUUCUGCUUGUGGGACUUUCUUCGAGAAUUGGGCGAAACAUCUGUCGGUGGUGCUGAAGUGAUCAAAAAUACCAAGGAAGACGAGGGUUUUGAUCUCAAGAGCAUAUCGAAAGCCCGCCUGAGGAACGUAGCUCGAGCCUAUGCAUGGUGGAUCGCAAAGGAUUGUGUUACACUUGCCAUCUUGAAGCCGGUCGACUUCACACAAGUGAAACCGCAAACACGCGAAUUCCUCAAGGAACUGUUGAUUCAAUUGUUCAUCGCUAGUCAAAAAUCGGCGCCGCUCGUUGUUUCCAACUUUGAUGAGGUGGUUCUUACCCGAAACCGAAGUGUCGUCGAGGAGAUAUUCAUCAAAGCGGCGCGGAUUGAAAAUCUGGCGACGGGCUUAGUGUAUUUCAUGACAGAGGCCUUUCGAGAUCUCUCAAUGAAAGAGGACGGGUUGAGUAAAUUUCUGGGAUGGGCGGUUGCGUUGGCAAGGGAAACCUUACAGUCCAAGAUGAACGGUAUUCUCACUCAAUGA